GUACAAAGAAUACGCCUAGAUAAUUGCGAGCACAUCCUUCUAAAAAAGCGCGAAAUACGCCAUUAGAUUCCUGUAGUGCACACUCCAGUCUCCAGUCCUUACCGCCUUUGACGACUCCAUUGCGAAAUACGCGUCCGUUUUACACCGUAGCUCGUCAACUCCAAUAUAAUAUCUUUCGCCGUCUGUCUCGACAUAGAGUAUCAUCAACCAAAUCUCCAUUUGCGACAGUCAUGGAUGCGGAUUUAUCGCCGUUAUCAGGCAGUCCCGUUACAGCAACUCUCUCCAAACCUACCGCCACCACCACAGCUACCAUCACUGGCACGCCUCCCUCCAUUCUCGCCAAGAUUCACUGUCCCACACCCCCCGACCUAACCCUAAUCGAGCAGCUCGUAGGCGGGCCGCUCUGUGGCCCCUACUGCCAGAUCUUCCCGAGACAGGGACAGUCGGGGUGGGGUUACCUGGGGGAGGGUUACCCGGAAGAGGGCGGAUUGGGGGUUGCGGACGCGGGUGCGGGGUUGCACCAAGGCGGCGGAAAUAGGGGCGUGGGGAGCGCAGGCGCACGGGGAGACGUUGUAGGGUUGGGGGGAAGGGGGAGGAGGGGAAUGGGGAAGCAGAGGAGGGGGGCGAGGGAGAUGGGUUCUUGUGGCGCUGCUGCAGUCGCCCAAGGUUGCGGAAAUAGGGGCGUGGGGAAGGCAGGCGCAGGGGGAGAUGUGCGGAGUGUAGGGCUUGGGGAAAAGGGGAAGGGGAAAGGGGGGUGGGGGGCUGUAGACACAGCCACGGCUGCGCCAGGCGUGGCGGAGACAGGGGCGUGCGUGGGGAAGGCAGGCGCAUGGGGAGACGUGGGGGACGUAGACACCUUGAAUUUGCAGGGUAUUUUUGAGAAUUUUGACGUACACACCGUGGUAUUUUCGACAAAAUGCUCUGGAGACGUGCAGGAUGUAGACACCUUGAAAUUGCAGGGUAUUCUUGAGAAUUCGAAAAAAUGCUCUGGAGACGUGCGGGAUGUAGACCCCGUGUCUCCUGGGGAAGAGAAAGGAGGGGAGUCGGGAGAGCAGAGGAGGGGAGUCGGGAGAGCAGAGGAGGGGAGUCGGGAGAGCAGAGGAGGGGAGUCGGGAGAGCAGAGGAGGGGAGUCGGGGGAGGGGUUCUUAUGGCGCCGCUGCUGUCGCCCAAGGUUGCGCCAAGCAUGGCGGAAAUAGGGGCGUGGGGGAAGGCAGGCGCCGGGGGAGACGUGUGGGAUGUGGGCAGGGGCGGGGAGAUGGGGAGGAAAGCGAAUGGGAGGGGGGAGCGGGGCGGAGGUGAAUAAGGAGGCUGCUAAGAACACCCCCAGGGAUGCGCCAAGUGCUGCAGAUAUAGGAGCUCAGACGCACGUGCAGGCGCAGGCGCAGACGCAGGCGCAGAGAAGAGAACGCACCCAGCGCACCUUUUGAGGCUUGUUGCUAGGUCAGUCAU